UGUCAAGAUCCACUUCGGAAGUCCGCUGCGAAGACAUGUGCGACGGGAGAAACCUGGGCCUCUCUCUGUGCGUUAGAAGCGCCGUAUAGGAGCGUCGCUUCCUCACCCUUGUUCGCUUCCUUUCCUUUUCUCAUUUCUCCGUGUUUCCCCGUCGCUUUCUUCCACGCAUCUUCGAUCCGAAGGCUCUCUGGAAGGCCAUCCCUUUGAGGACAGGGUGGGUUCGCUGAAGCUCCUCUUUUUAACUCUCUCCGCAAGUCCUUCGAAACGAAGCGACAUGCCCGGACGGGUUUCAGACUACACGCCGCGCCUCGCAGCCAGAGGGCGUUGAGCAGCCAGCUUGCGGCAAAAGCGCGCCUGAGGCUGCUCUCUGCCUGUGGGUUUUCAUUCGAAACGGUUUCAUUUCAAUUGCAAUUUCUCCUCUCAUAGACCUUGAUCAAAAGGCGGCCGUUCGGGACUCUUCCCGCCCUGCAGAAACGCAAUAUUCUGCUCUUUCCGUCGUGGGGGCUCCCGCCUUGCCCCUUGCAUGCUCAUCGGCGGAACAUGAAGGCUGUGUCGGUUUCCGGACGAGGUCGGGGGGAUUGAAAAAUGAGCAGAAAUGGAAUUUCCGAAGGAACGCGAGAGAUCUGAAGAGGACGAAGGCAGAGGUCCCUGACAAGAAAAGAAAGGCCUUCUGCACACACACAAAAUCGCCUCCAGAAAGCUGGACAGAAAACGGGGGGUGUAUGAAAUGGUUGUUUGUGUUCCGCAUUUAAACGGUUCUGGAUGUUGUGCUAAUUUUCACAGUAAAUCAGAAAUGAAUUGACAUGGUGAGAGAGCGCAAAUGCGGGUGUGUGGAGAGACAUCGCGAGACCAAGAAAAGGGCAACUCGAGGUAGGAAGCAAGAGAAAAAGUGCGAUGCCAAGAAGAGCCUGAGUAGGAGGGAGAGAGAGAGACAGACGCAACAGGGGGAGGGGGAGAGAGAGACGGAAAAAGUCGAAAUUCUCCUCACGCGAGAAGGAAUGGUGUAGAAGAACAUGUCAAGGAGUCUUGAAUUCGCGAGCGGUCUGAUGAAUCAUCUCUGGCAGGAUCUUUGCCCAGCUUUUCGUGGGGAGUAGAGAGCCCACCUGAAUCGAGUUUGCGUCGCCGAACAAAGCAGGCAUGAGGGAAGAGAGAGAGACCUUGAGGAGAGGCCUCCAGAUGUCGCUAGUUCUCAUCGGGUCUCUCUGUGCAGUGAAACGAGGCAAAGAAGACAAAGACUCGGCCGCACGCAAACGCCGAAAACGUGGAAGUUUAGAGACGACUUCUGCACAGUCGCGACGAUUUAGACACGUUAAAGGAACAAAGUGUACAAUAUCUCGUUCAGAUCCAAACGUUAGGGCACUGGUAAAAAGAAGCGACAGCUGCCGACAACGAGAGAAAAAACACCGCACAUCUCGUCUCUCUGUCUACCAGCCCCUUAUUCUACAGAGAUUACAUACAUAUACAUAUUUACGCAUAUAUAUAUAUAUAUAUUUGUAUGUGUGUGUAGCUAGACAUAUACGCGCAUGUAUGUGGUUGAGAGCUUCAUUUCACUGUUGCAUUACGCAAGUGUACUCAGCGCAUUUUGUUUUUACAUUUUUUGGGUGUGGAACUUCGAAACUCGAUCUAUUUCCUCAGCAGUUUUUCGCUUUGACUCCGCGGUAGUUUCGCAUCACGGCAGAAGACGAAGGGGGCAGAACGUGGAGAGGAAAAAGGGAGUUGAGAACGAAGAGAACGCGAGCGAAAGUCGAACAGUGAGUGAGGCGGGGAAUUGCAGCGCUUUUUCAUUGUUGGUGUGUCGGUUCUUCGUCUAGGCAUUUGACGUUUGGCUUCUCCAACUGGUUUAAAAAGAACGAAGCACACGACUAAGACCCAAAGUGAAAAGAGAAAAACGCGAGAGCAUGUCACCUCGGAGACAUCUGAUGUUGCCGCACAAAAAUAAUGCGUGAGGCCAGCAGACAGCCGUUCGCGGGAGACUCCUCUUCUCCACCAAAGUCCGAGACCAGUUGCCCUACCCCGCCAGGGUCGAUCUCUCAUUCGCCAACUUGCUGUCUGGAUGAGUCCUCUUCUUCGCCCGAUCCGCCGCAUCUCCGGGACGCGCCAUGCACUUCAUCCUUUGCUUCGAAGGACUAUUUCUUGUCUUCUCAUGAGUCUCCUGCUUCGUCAGCUUCCCUCUGGCCUUCUUCUUCCGACGCCCCGAUCACCUCUUCGUCCGUCUCUCUUCCUCUCUUGGGCUGUUCUGCGAGCACAGAAGAAAAACCAAGCCGCAACGCGCAGCCUUCGAUAGGCGCGGCUCGCCGCCUCGGCGAUCCUCUCUGCUGUUGCUCCGGUUCGUGUUGCGCCUUUCUCCACCUUGUUUCAUCCGCUUCUUCCCCUUCUUCUUCCUCUUCUUCCUCUUCUUCUUCGCCCCCUUCUGCCGCCUCUACUCUUUCCUUUUCUCCCUCUUCUCGUUCGUCUGCUUCACCUGCUUCUCCCUGUCUCGGCUACGUCGAACGCGGCGAAGAGAGUUGUUCUUCGGGUGGACUGUCCGGCUGUGGCGGGUGCGUCUCGCGGGUCAUCAUACAUGUGGACAUGGACUGUUUCUACGCACAAGUCGAGGAACUCCUGGAUCCGUCGAUCGUGGGGAAGCCUGUGGCGGUGCGCCAGAAGCAGCUGAUCGUCACGAGCAACCUUGUUGCUCGACAGAAACCUUGGCAAGUGCGCAAGGGAAUCUACAUGCCCGAGGCGUUGCGCCGAUGUCCCUCUCUCGUUGUAAAAAAUGGAGAGGACCUGGACAAAUAUCGAAGAGUUUCCGACCAGAUUCUACAUGCACUGCAAGAGAAAACCUUUCUCUCUUGUCUCCUUGACACGCAUCAAGUCCCUGCUCCUCAUUCGGCUGCCUCUGCUUCGACGUCCUCUUCUCCGUGCGCCUUCUCUUCUAAGUCCUUCUCUUCUUCCACGUCCUCUGCCUCUCGCUCUUCUUCUCCUUCAGCGUCUUCCUUCUCCUCUGCUCCCAGUUUGCCUCCUUCCUUCCUGUCUUCUUCUGUCUCUUCUUCCUCUCCUCUCCCUCGUUCUCCUUCCUCUGCUUCUCCCCCUCCGUCUCCUUCGUUUCCAAGUGCCUCUUCGCGUAGUUUCUGGUCUGCUGCCUCGCCGGCUCAGGCCGCGUCGCAUGCAGUGGUGAAGGCGAUGGUCGGAGAGGAGCUUCUUGUUCAGCGUCUUGGCUUAGACGACUUCUUCAUUGACGCAACCGCCCUUGUGGCAGCAGGUACAGUUGCGCUUCGUCGCGUCUUUUCGCACUCCUCGUUCUCCCUAUUGGAGGCCAGCAGCGAGCAGGCUGGACGUACCUCAGCUGCUUUGGACGAGGCACAGACAAACAGAACUGGGGAGAGGAAACAUCCGUGUGACGAGGGAAGAAACGGACAACAGGUGAGACUGUGUGGCGGGGGCGAAGAGGCGGUUUCAGCGCUCGAACGAGACGCAACGUUCUUGCGGAAACUCGAAAGACGCAGCGAGUCGUUCUUCCCCGAAGGAUGCAUUCACUGCUCCUUGUCGACAGCCUCAUCUUGUCCCCCUUCCGCGUCUUCCCCACCUUCUAGUUCUCCUUCCUCGUCUUCUUCGGUGUCGUCUCCCUCCUUUUCCUCGUCGUCUUCUCCAGGGCGUCCGUACGCUUCUUUCUCUUCUCGUAGCUCGUCUACCGCGUCUUCCUCGUCCGUUUCUUCUUUCGCAUCAGGCGACCCUGCGGAAGGCGUCGGAGCGUUUUCUGAGUCAGAGAACCGAGCGGCGACAGGCUCCGCCCGUUGCAUGCGACAGAGCGCGCAUGCGUCUCCUCUCUGGCUGCUGGCUUUCGCCCCCUUCGUGUAUCCGGAAAAAGCAGACUCAAAGAAGCGAGACGCAGACGGGGAUAGGCAGACGCAGAGGCAACAGAGCGUCUGCAGCUCCCCGCACCACUGCUGCGCUAUUGGUCAUCCGCAGAACGGAGACAUCGCUUGGUCCCGUCGAGGCAGAUGCGGCUUUGCCCAGAUAGAGAAAAGCCAACAUUCUCGAGAGCGGGAGACGCAGGUCGCAGAGAAGAAGCGAGAGAAAGGAGAAAGGCUCUUCCAUCCGUCGAUGGGCGGCGAAGAGGCGGCACCUGCACAACACACAGCAAGCAGAUCCCCCACAGACGGACCACAGGAAAGCCACAGACAGCGCGAAAACGACGCAGAUGAAGGCGAGAAGAGCAGAGACGAGGAACAAGAGUCUGCCUAUUUGCCGUGUCCGUGUCUGCUGCCUCUCGCAAUUGCCACCCACCUGGCUUCCGCGAUUCGGCGUUACAUCGGCACUCAUAUGGGGCUGACGAGCACGGCAGGAAUCAGCACAAACAAGUCUCUCGCGAAACUCGCCGGCGCUUUCAACAAGCCGAGUCGCCAGACGCUUUUGCUACCACAACAUCGGCGGGGCUUCUUGGCGCCUCUCGCGCUCCAGAAAAUUCCAGGCGUUGGCUCGGCCCUAGUGCGUCUCCUCUCGCGCGCAGGCCUUCGGACUUGCGCCGAUCUUCUCGCUGUGUCGCUUCCACGUCUCGCCGCGAUUCUCGAGGCUUCCAACUUCCACUUCGCGCCUGCAGCAGCACUCGCCAAGGCGCUCGCCGAGGAUGCCUCGCGGCCGCAGGAGACGCUGAGCUGGCGAGGAGACAGAAAAGGAGACCGUUCCUUUGGAGUCCUCACGAAAGAAGAGGACCGACAAUGCCGGCUUACAGAAGGCGUCCGCAGCUUCCGUGAGGCCAAACAUAUCCCGGCAAACGCGUCUGCAGGCGCCUGGAUGGCCGCUUUUCAGCGUCGGUCGACGCCCUCUGCUGCGACUCCGGCUGCUCGGACUUCACCUUCGUUUGCACCGGUCGCCGCGCCGCGCCCUCCCACUGCCGUUUACGGUGUCUCCGCUCUGUCGGCAGUUUCUUCUGCUCUCGCGCGUCCAGUCUUUCUCGCCUCGGCCUUCUGGCUCCGAGCCCUCUGCCUGGGGGACGAAGCCGAGCCGGUGGUUCCGACGACGACGCCCAAGAGUCUGAGCGUGGAAGAGUCCUACGCGGCGCGAGGUGUCCGUACACCCGAGCGCCUCGUGCUCGAGCUGAAGAAGCUCGUCGAGAGGCUACUGGCGCGGCACCAGGCUCACGCGACGAAGCAUGGGCAGCUCGCCACAGUCUUCAAGCUGAGUAUCCGGCAAAAGGACUGCGACGGCGAAUGCCGCCAAAUGAUUCUCCCGCCGGCUUUCUGGGAUCCCUGCUCGUUCGCUUCGUCUUCUUCGCUCUCCUCUCGCCCGUCUUCUUCCUCGCAAAUGUCUUCUUCCAGUCUAGUCUCCUCCACAUCUUCUGCCUCCUCUCCUUCCUCUUCUUCUUCGUCGUAUUCCUCUUCUUCUGUUUCUUCUUCUGUUUCUUCUCCCUCUUCCGCUUCUUCUCCUUCUUCGUGUCUCGUGUCUGGCGCAUGCGAGGUGCACAAGAAUGUUUUGUGUGCGACUCGAGCGCAGCUUCCGACGAGUCUGUGUCACUUUCUGGAUCGCGUCUUUGCCGAAGAGCGGCGACGGCGGCUUGGGUCCCGAUCGUCUCCUCUCUCUGCGAGUUUUUCUCCCAGUUCUUUGCCUUCUCCUGUCUGUCCAGGCCGAACAGAGUCAGAAAGAGAGAAGAACGGAGAACGCUGGAACGAACCGGCCGCAUCUUCUUUCAGCUGUCGCACCUGCCUGUUGAACCACGUCUCGCUCUGCCUCAUUCUUCGCCUCGGCCUCGCCGUCGAGCUUCCACAGGCAGCCUGCGAGGAAAGCCGAGACUCUGGGAAGGAGAGAGAGAGAGCGGCGGCAGUGGCAGGGGAGACAGAGAAGAAGAGAGCGGAGGAGAACCACCACUGCGAAAGAGAAGGAGCUCGAGAGCGAGAGGCAACCCCAGGCGAGAGCCUCACGGUCCUGGCUCGUGCACUGGUCGCACAGACACAAAAGGCAGGUGGUGAGAGUCAGAAAGAAGCAAGAGAAGAAGCGGUGGAACUCGAAGACGACAAAAUUAUCUCUGGCACAGGAGGACAAGAUCCGGGGAAAUGGCCCGACACGAAGCGGCGACGUUUGGCGAGAGACAGAGACUGGGAGACGGUCUCUGUUGCCACGUUCGGCAGCAGAAUGUCGGAAUCUCCAUCGUUUUACUCGACUUCUUCUCUUCCAACCGUGUCGAGUGCAAAUCGAACUUCUCUUCCCUCGACUGCUUCUCCAACUUUCGUCUCUGCCUCUCUCGGGAACGCCGCGUCGUCUCCUGUCUCCGGCGCUUCCUCUGCCGGCCCAGGUCGUAUCUCUCGACCUCCAGGGGGACCUGUCGAACUCCACAAGCUCUCUGUUUGCUUCGCGAGUUUCCGAGAGGCCCACAGGAGACAGCGAGGAGGCGAAAGACCUCUGGACUUGUUUCUUCGCGGCGCGCUGAAGGGGCGAAGCCCCGCCGCUGGCUCAGACUCGAAGGGGAGAAAGGAGGGAACGGAGAGAGAAAGGCGCGCGGCUUUCUGCGGCGUGGAAACCAAGAGAGAAAGAGUAGAGGUGGUUAGUCUACUGACGUCUGAUGAAGACGAGGUGGAGGCAGAAGGAUCAGGAGAAGGUCGAACCAGCGACGAAGAAACAAGCGAGGAGAGAAGCGAAGCCGCGAAAGGAAGAGGGCCGACAAGCGAAAUCGAAGAGGAGAGAGCGGAGAGGAGAGCGUUCAAAGAAGAGAGAGCGGAGAGGAGAGCGAUCGAAGAAGAGGGUACACAGUUGAGAAGAGAAGUCGAAGAAGAGAGAGAAGUGAGCAGAGAAACUGAGGAAGACCGAUGCGUGGAGGAAGAGGAAAGAGGAACAGAGGAGUCGAAAGAACUGCGGGUGGGGGCAGCGACGAUGUUCAGAGAAGACGAGACAGGCGAAUAUGUCUCUCUCUCUCAGUGUUCAGAGAGCUCCAUUGCGUCUGGGGACACAGCAAAGCUCGGUGACGUCACGAGUUCAAGUGGCGAGGAAGAGCAAAGCGACAAGAUAGCUGACGUUGAGGAAGAACAACCACGAGGAAACGGAGGUCGAAGACAUGCACUGGCAACUCGCGACGAAGGACAAGGAGGAAAACACAGAGAAGAGGGACGAGGAGAACAGAGAAGCGGCAAGCGAAACGAAAGAGCAGAAGAAGGGACAGAAGAACAGAGAGGAGAUGUGUGUAAAGGAAUUGAGGAUGAGUUCGAGAUAAUUGUACUAUCGCAAGGGUCCUCUUCUUCCGACAAAGACGACAGGCCACAAGGAUUGUUCAUUUAGUCUCCUUCGUCUUGCUCAUCUCUGUUUUCUCCUGCUCCGCAGUCUGCGGCCCUUCCGUCCGUAUCAGCUCAUCUUCUGUGCGCAGACGCUGGAGAGAAGAAGCAGAAGAAGCCGAGAGAGAAGCAGAGCGAAAAGAGGAAGCGCAGGAAGAGAAAAGUGACGGUACUCUUCCUGCCGGCCGAUGUCUAGUGGAACCGCAGUCCAGCAGAGGGUCUGAGGCGCGAAGUCGCCGAAACGCCUCCGCAACGGUUGGCAAGGGCGGCCAGGGGGAAGGAAGGCGGCGAAGGCUUGCAGGCGAACACAGAGAGAAGGCUGCCUCUCGAGCCUUUUUUCUCGAGAGAAACUCGAAAUACAGCAGCUCCAGAGACCGUGGAAACCACAGAAAAUCGGAAGAGAUACACAGAGAGCGGCGAGGAGACAGCGCUAGCGGAGAGAAAACACUGCAAGGGACCCGAGAAGCACAGUGCGGAGAGUUUGGAAGAGGUGAACUGCAGCUAAGAACAACCGGACGAACGCGGAUUUUUAAAACGGGAUGGCUGUUGGGUUGCUGGUUCGAGCUGUGGUGGAAGACAAAGGCCAUUCCAAAGCGGCAAUAGCGAAAAGAUGAACAGAAAAGAAAACAGCAGCGCGGAGAAAGAAAGAAAACGC